GUCUAUGGUUAUCAAUGUGAAAAUUGUGUUGAUAUUUGAGCUAGGUUGAGUUCUGAAGUGUUAAUGUUGUUUAUCUUAGUCAUUAAGAACUUUGGACUUCUAAAUUUUAAGUAGCUUCAACUUGAAUGCAAUUUAAUAUUUGCUUAUGAUCUUAUUAGUAUAAAAUUUUUACCCUCGACUUUUAAAAUGAGUAGUGUCAAACGUCAGAAGCUUGAACAUGGACCACUAUUGUAUAGCUCUGCUUCAAAAUAUUUAAGCGAAACUUAUCAACGACAUAUACUAGAUAUUUCCGAUGAUGUCCUUCUUAAUAUUCUGUUACAUCUUCCUGCCUCAGAUCUUUAUAAUCUCAGUCAGACGUGCGAGCGGCUGCACACGCUGUGCCGGGACCGCACGCUGUGGGGCGCGGCGGACUUCAGGGGCGGGCGCCUGCGUGCGGAGGAGCUGGGGGGAGUCCUGGGCAUGCUGCAGCCGCACACACGGCUCCUGGCCGUGCGGGGGCUGGCCGGCGUGGCGGGCCGUGCCGAGGCGGGCGUGCUCGGCAAGCGCUUCCUGGCGCUGCUUCCCGCGGCGUGCCCCCGGCUCGACACCCUCAUCGUCGAGGACUUCUUCAUCGACGUCGACAAGGUCGACUGCAGGGACUUCCCCGGCAUGGUGAAGUGCCUGUCGCUGAAGGGCUGCCAGGUGGUGGACAGCGCCAAGGUGCGGUGCCUGUCCAGCGACAAGUCCCACUUCUUCCUCCAGGUGUACGUGCACUUGCCGAACCUCGAGAAACUGGUGCUAAGUUACUGUCGAUGGUUUCGUCUCCAUUCCUUGAUGGCAAUCAGCAAGUGUGCGAACUUGGUAGAGUUGAGGCUGGAUGGGAUUCGUCACCUUCAUGACAACGUGCCAUACCUGAGCCUUGCCACGUCGUUUGGCUUCAGGAAACUUAAGAUCUUGGACAUGCGGAACACGACCGUGGGCAGCAGCGCGAUGCGGGGCUUCAACAACCUGCUGAACCUGACUCACCUGUACCUGGAGUGUCCGCCCCAGUACCGGCACCGGGAGGCCGGCAACCCCGCGCCCAGCACCAGCCAGCACUGCCCCGAGUCCUCGGACGAGGACUGCGAGGAGGUGAACCUGAUGCGGGGCCACGAGAACAGCUGCGUGAUCGUGCUGCGCUUCGGCGGGGCGCCCCAGGUGUGGCACGACGGCCAGUGCGCCAGCGACCGCCGCGACGACGGGCAGGAGAGCGGGAUCAUACACCUCCGGCGGGACGACGGCCUGGGCGAAGGGACCAGCCGGCAGAACCCCGGCGGCGGUGAAUCUGGUGACCGCAGCUCGCGUGCGGGUGCUAGCCAUCCAGAGGUUAGGGAGGGUGCAGAUUCCAGAGCUUUCGAAACAAGUGUCGAUGUAGGAGAUGCUAAAGCAGAAAGCAGGGAAGCUGAGAACGAUGAAAACUCCGAUGACGGUGCCAUUCGUGUUUGUGAUGCAGGUGUGAGUGGACGUUCGAAAACGUGUGGUCACGGUCAAAGUGGAAGUAAGGAACUUGAAACGGGUAUAAAAAAUAAUCAGAUAACAAAAACAGUAGUAGGUGGAGCAGCACCGAAUGCAGGGACAAGUGUGCAAACCUGUAAAAGCACUGUAAAUGUCGCGGAAAAACUAAGUAGUAGCGAAGGGGAAUCAUCGCGGGGACCGAAGGAACCUGGAGAAUGUUGUAGUUGCGAUGCUGCACAGGGUGGUGACCAGUUGAGCACCGCCAGGAAAACUGCAGGCGGUGCCGUGGAGGAGGGAGACCGGCAGCAGAAGCCAGGCUGCGCGUGCGCGAGCGAUCGCGCCGCCGGGGGCAGCGGGAGCAGCGACGACGAGAGCAGUGGCGACGAGGCCAGCAGCGAAGGGAACAACCGGCUGUCGGGGGGUCGCAGCAAGCCGGGCAAGAAGAGUUGCAGCGGCCGGCUCCGCUCCGUCGAGUUGUUCUCCUCGGCGAGGAACGCUAAAUGCGCGAGGACGUCGUGCCUGGGCGGCCGCCACGAGGAACUGAUAGACGACCUGAGCAUAGACUAUUUCCUGUCAAGGGACAUGUGGAGGGUCAGCCUGGACGGCAACAUCGUCCGCUGCAACGACCGCAGCCCGCAGCUCCACACGCUGGUCAUCAGGUUCUACCCCCACGUGACGGACAAGACCCUCACCCUGCUGCACAAGAUAGCCAGCUUGCGUUACGUGGACGUGACCGGGACCAAGGUGACGGAGAAGGGCGUCGAGUGUUUCAGACUGAUGAGGCCCGACGUCACUGUGGUGUCUGACUUCGGGCUGCCCAAGUGAACGUUUUGGGCGUUGAUGGUUAAGAUCCGAGCAUUUCAUAAAGUGUACCAUGUUUUCCAGCUAUUAUUUACUGGAGCAAGUACAUUUUGAGGCUUGUAUGCUUGAAUUUUUUUCGCUUAUAAAUAGCGAGUAUUGUAGCCAACACAGAAGGAAGGAGUUAUGUGGUUUGAAUUGUGUUGCGGGAAAAUAGUUUUCCUCAAUUAUUAUAUGUAUGGUGCUUUUUUUUGUGUGUUUUUUAUUUGUAUAGUUUUUAAAGUAAGCCAUAGAUUUUUCUGCAGACUACUUGCAUAAACUAUUCCAAUCUGUUGAAAAUAAUGCUGCUAAUCUUAAAAUGUUUUGGUUACUCAUUCGUGGUAACCAUGAGAACUUUUUUGUCCAUAGUUUCUUGUCAGUGUUCCUUUCAUUUUUGAUAUAUAAUAUAUUCAUCAUUGCUACAACUUACCACUAUGUUAAAAUAGAAUUUUACUACAAGGUUUCACAGUUCUGUGUAACUUGCACAUGUGCUAGGAAACGUAGGUCAUAAAGUUUCUAACAUC